AUGGUUUCGCUUCGACGCACCAAGAACUUUGCUACCGACCCUCAGACCCCGAUGUUCCUUUACACAAUCCUCAAACAACUGGACCUCAGGUCGAUCAACUGGAACGAAGUUGCAGCCUGUCUUGGUAUCUCCAAUGGCCACGCAGCCCGAAUGAGGUACAGCCGCAUGAAGUCGCAGUUUGAAGGCACAUCCAACCAAGUCAAGCCAUCCAAACCGAAAAAGGAGAACUCCAACGCGGCCGAUAACAAGUCUUCCAAGACCAAACCAAAGAACAAGCGCCUUCUUGAGGAAGAAGAAAAUGAGCGGCUGGCCAACCAACGAGCGACGUCUCAAGCUGUCAUCCAACCGGAUCAUGACCUCAAAAGAAUCAAGGUCGAACCACACCCGUACAUGCAUCAUCCAUGGUACUCUCCGUACGGCGGAGGUACAGCACAGAUGUACCCAACCCCAUUUUGGGGUCAAUCAACCAUGUCACUCAAACCGCUGCCACACCCAUCGUUUGGAAUGCCUGGCCUCCCUGCUCAGAAUGUCAUUCCUACACCUCCCAUCAAGACAGAGCCUGGAACCACUUCAGCAACUUACACCGAUGUCGAGACGGCGACUCCGGCCAUCAAGCAGGAGGUCGAUGAAUCUGAUGUCAGCGCUACAAUUGUAAAGAAGGAACCAGGAACACUUCUAGAAGACCGAACGUUGCCUACCGAUGUCAGCCGCGACAGUGUCUCCUUCGGCUAUCCCAUGCCUAGAACGAUCCAUACCUUCUUCGGCCCUCAGCAAAGUGUAUCGACUUCAGGACAAUCUCCUUCUUUUCAUAACAACAUUUCUGAAUUCUCAACACCACCAUCGCGCGCCUCCUAUUCGCCAUUCAGUGAUCACAGUCAGUGUCAGAGUGCUUCUCCAUGGUCCGCCACUUGUGCAGGCCAAAACACCGUGACGAUUCCGACAGAUGAUGCCGGCGACAAAAUGAUUCUGAACCCUUAUGCCGUCUCGUAUCAAGACAUGCUGAACAUGCCGUUGUACAGACUGUAUCCCGAGCCAUCUGCUUCACAGACGUCACAUGCAAAAGCUCAAUAUGUUACACCUCAGUCUGGCGUGGUUGAAGCACGAGACGUUGAGGAGGAUAAGGAGUACAACCAUGGGCAUACGCCACCUGCUACCUCGACCAUAGCACCACCGCCACCUGCAGGGAGUCCGACAACGAAGAACAACGAUGUGGGAAGCAGCACCAGUACGUCUGUCAUCCCAUCAGAUACCUUCAGUUCCUCUAGUGAAUCUGUAGUGCAUGCAGACACCAGUACCCAGCCGCCAGCUAUUCCCAACAUCAUCGAAGUGGACUCAGAUGAUGAGGGCGUGGCCAGACCCAAGAUCAAGAAGGAGUUUGUGGAGAUGUAA